AUGCUGCAAAGCUGGCGCCAAGCCCUCUGGGCUCUCCUCCUGCUUGUCUCGGUCGCUCAGGCCCAAUUUAACUUCUUCGAGCAAAUGUUCGGAGGCGGCGAGCAGCAACAACGGCAACAGCAGCGGUCGCAGAACGCCCCAAGCGACAGCAGCCGAUACCAGCAGAUGUGGAGCGGAGCCCAAUGCGAAAACUACCUCUGCCCCGGAACUCUCGCAUGCGUGCAUUUCCCACACCACUGUCCAUGCCCACAUCCCGACGUGGAGGAGAAGGUCGAACUCGGUGAAGGAAGUGCUAUCUGUGUGUCUAAGGGCGGAUAUAAGGCAGGCGAGGCUGCACGGAAAAUCGAGUUGGCUCGCAAGGGUCUUCUGUAA